AGUAGUACGCUGCAUACUGAGCUAGAGAAACAUCGCUGUCCCGCUCAUAUACUUUUCCUCAAGAUACAAAUAAAAGGAUGUCAGAGAUGAGUUCAAUCCAGGACAGUUUACAGUCGAAACUGGAUCAGCUGGAGUGUCACUUCACUUGGGACAUUAAAAAAGAUGAUCUAGUCCUAACAAAUAUCCUCAAUAGGCUUGAGGAACAGGUCAAGUUGGGUCUAGGGAUGGAGCAAGGAGUUGCACGAACUCACUGCUCUUUAGGAUAUGUGAAAUUCCUUCUUGGGCGCAAAGAAGAGGCUCUUACUCACCUGCUGAAAUCUAAGACACUCAUUAAAGAAAACCUCGGGGUCAACAGUGACAAGACUCUCAUCGUCACCUAUGGAAAUUUUGCCUGGAUAAACUACCAUAUGAAGAACUACACAGAGUGUGAAAGUUACCUGAUGAAGCUUCAGAAGAUAAAUGAAACAUUUUCAAUCGAGCCUUCAUCUGUUCCUGAGGUGCUUGGUGAGAAGGGAUGGGUCAUUAUAUCUCAGAGCGACUGCCCAGAUAUCUAG